GACUUACUACUAUUCAAAGUCUCCUGAAAUAACUAAAUUAAUUAAUCACUAAACAUUUUAAGCCAAAAGUUUUGAAUUGAGCAUUGCAAAGUGCAAACUAUCUAUCAUGGCACUGGCUUCUAAAAUUAUUUCCGUGCUAGUAUUAUCAUUAUUUUGUUGCCUUGAUAUGUUAUGCGUAAAUGCAACAUCCUACAGAGAAAUGCUAGUAAUGGGGCAAUCGGUUGGAAAUUCAGACACACUUGUUUCAAAGGGUGGGAACUACGAACUUGGAUUUUUCACUAGAAAUAGAGAGAACUCGAUCAAGUACUACUACGUAGGUAUAUGGUUCAAAAAGGUAGCAAAUGACAAGAUUGUUUGGGUUGCCAACAGAGAUUACGAACCUCAAACAUCCUCGGCGUUUCUUACCAUUCACGAUGAUGGUAACAUUGUCAUCAUAGAUGGAGGUAUGAUCCGCUACGUGACUGGUGCUCCAAGUAACAACAAUCGUAUUAGUACCUACGCAACCCUGUUGGACACAGGAAACUUGGUACUGGUGAAUAAGUCUAACCAAGUAAUUUUAUGGCAGAGCUUUGAUAACCCCACCGAUACCCUUUUACCUGGAAUGACCUUAGGACACGAUACUUACACAGGACGUACUUGGUCAUUGAGAUCAUGGAAGCGUACAGACGACCCCUCCACGGGACCAUUUACUCUGCGCUAUGAUUCUGGCUUUGGGUAUCUAUCUGAUAGUAAUGGUUCAAAUGUUGUAUGGAUUAAUGAUGAUUCCGAUGUUCCUAUUCAGGAAAUUUUUAACCAAGUGGAUUUUAAAUUAAAACCGAGCUACGGGUUGAAUUAUGCCACUCUUACAAUUAAUAGCAAUUCUCGGUUUAUAUUAGAAGCGUCUGGGGAUCUUAAAUACCAAGCCUGGUCCGAGGAAUAUAGGCAAUGGAUUUUUCUACAGUUUUAUCAGUGUGUGACAAACAAUUCAUGUGGACAUUUUUCUGUUUGUACUCCAAAAGCUGUUGAUGCUUGUCAAUGUCUCUACGGUUUCGAAAAGUAUGAUUCCGAUUCUUGGAGUAAGGGGGAUAGGUCAGCGGGAUGUGUCAGAAUAAAUAAGCUGUCCUGCAACACCAACAACAAUAAAGAUGAAUUCCAUCCUUUGAAUAUUUCAGUUAAAUCACUUCCACAUCAUGUACACCGGCAGGUGGAUAAGUUAUCACAAUGUAAUGAUAUUUGCUUCACUAACUGUUCUUGUGUUCUUUAUGCUUAUGAUAUUUCUAACGGUAACUGCAUGCUGUGGAAUGAUCAAGUACCGACUCUGAAGAACACCUCGACUGAGUAUGCUUAUAAUAAUAUUAAUAAUUAUAAUCUGAAGUUUUUUCUUAGAGUUGCUGGCCCGGACAGACCUAGCACAAGUAAGUUGAAGGAAUUUUUAUAA